AAAGAAAUCGUGUGGAAGGAGUGAAUUGAAAGAGAUUUUUGCUUGUUUUGAGAACACCAAUUUCCCAACAUUACAUUACUUUUUUGCUUUCAUUCUCUAUCACUUUUUUUUUUUCUUUUUUUCUCUUAAGAGAAGAGAAUGGUGGUGGCUUGUGAAAGAUGAAGAGGAGGAGCUGCACCUCCUUCCUUCCAUGGCAUGUAACUGUGUUUACAACAACAAUGUCCUCUCAUUCUCACAAACCACACCAAGAACAAUGUUCACCACCACCAACACCAUUCCUACAAUCAUCUCAAAGCCAUUUUCUUCCAAUAGAUGCAGCAGACCCUUUAUCUUGUCUUCUAUAACAAAUUCUACUCCAUCCUACAACACCCUUGUUUCUGAGGCUGUUAGACUCUUGGUUCCUCCGGCAAGAUUUGAAGCUUCAAAACUUAAGGUAGUUUUAUUGGAGGGUCAGAUAAACAAAUAUGCAAGUUUUAUUCCGAGAACCUACAUUCUAUCGCAUUGCGACUUCACAGCUAAUCUGACUUUAACAGUCUCCAAUGUGAUCAAUCUUGAGCAGUUGAGAGGGUGGUAUGAGAAGGAUGAUGUUGUAGCUGAAUGGAAGAAAGUGAAAAAUGAGAUGUGCUUACAUGUUCAUUGCUUUGUCAGUGGUCCCAAUCCCUUCCUGGAUUUGGCUGCAGAAUUCAGAUAUCACAUAUUCUCCAAGGAAAUGCCUUUGGUACUCAAAGCAAUUCAAUAUGGAGAUUCUGCGCUUUUCGAUGAACAUCCUGAAUUGCUGGAUUCUAUAGUUCGCGUGUAUUUUCAUUCUAGCUCCAAAAAAUACAACAGAAUGGAAUGUUGGGGACCUCUAAAGGAUGCUAUAGAGGGAAAGCAAGUGGAUGAGUUCCAAGGGCUAAUAGAAAGAGAUCGUCCUUCAGUAAAGUGGCAGACUCCAAAGUCCAUCUUCCAAGCUCUUUUUGCUUUUCUUCUAUGAAAUGUAUCUACAAUAAACAUUGAAUUAUUUGUUCA